UGGAAUGAGCAGAGAAUAAAGUGCCUGCCCUACUGUGCUACCCUGUCUCCUGUGGCAGUUCCAGAGGCAACAAGAUAUAGCUGUAUUAAGGCUUUCACAAGGUAAUGGAAGGGAUCCAUAAAGCCACUGAGCUCGGUUACCGUCCUGUUAAGGUAAACUGUGUGGUGAUGCGAGGUUUCAAUGAGGAUGAACUGCUGGGCUUUGUGGAUUUCACAAAGGAUCUGCCUGUUGAUGUGCGAUUCAUAGAAUACAUGCCCUUUGAUGGCAAUAGAUGGAAUUUCAAGAAGAUGGUGAGCUACAAGGAAAUGCUUGAUACAAUUAAACAGAGAUGGCCUGAAUUGGAGAAAUUGCCUUGUGAAGCUUCCAGCACAGCCAAGAGUUAUAAGGUGCCACAUUUCCAGGGACAAAUCAGCUUUAUCACCUCCAUGUCAGAGCACUUCUGUGGAUCCUGCAAUCGGCUGAGGAUAACAGCAGAUGGGAACCUAAAGGUGUGCCUUUUUGGGAAUUCAGAAGUGUCCUUGAGAGAUCACCUGAGGUCAGGUGCCUCAGAGGAAGAGUUGGUUCAAAUCAUUGGAGCAGCAGUGGGCAGAAAAAAGAAACAGCAUGCUGGCAUGUUUAACAUUUCCCAGAUGAAAAACCGGCCAAUGAUCCUGAUUGAGUGUGCAUUGACGUCAUUCCCACUGUGCCAAGAUGCCCUACAGAAUCCCCCAAAUUCAAAACAGUGGGGCCACACAUUUAGCCAUCGGCUAACUUUGAGAGCAAGUUUACCCAAAAAAAUGGGAAAAGCAUUAAUGAAAAAUAAGCUUAAAGGACAACUUUUCCUGCCAGGAUCUCACCCAGAGCAACAGUGGCAUAUAACGACAGGAAUUCUACAAACCCAGCUCAGAGGCUGCUGUGUCUUCCAGAAGGACCCAAGCUCCACGUUUGACACAAAGUGCCUUGAGGCUUCUCCUGUUGGCCAAGUUUCUGUGGACUGUCAGUCCAAAGAGGCAAGUCCAGGAUCUGAAUUCUUUACCAGGGAUUCAGGAUCUUCCACCAAGGUACCUCGUGCCUCUGACAACUUGACUCACACUGAUGAGGAAGGACGGGCCACGAUGGUUGAUGUUGGAGGGAAGCCAGAUUCAAGAAGAAGUGCUGUUGCUGGUGCUGUGGUCCGCUUGGGUGAGAAGGCAUUUGGGAUGGUGAGGCAGAACCAGGUGAAGAAAGGGGAUGUGCUGGCAGUAGCCCAGAUAGCAGGAAUUCAGGGCGCCAAGCUGACCAGCCAGUUGAUCCCUUUGUGUCACAACAUCCCUCUCAACCAUGUUGAGGUGUCUCUGAGCCUGGAUGAGGCCAGAUACGCAGUGGUGAUUCGCAGCUCCUGUCAGACCUGGGGGAGGACAGGCGUGGAGAUGGAGGCUCUGACAGCUGCCAGCCUGGCUGCCCUGACUGUGUAUGACAUGUGCAAGGCAGUUACUCAUGACAUUGUGAUCGAAGAGGUGAAGCUGCUCAGUAAGACAGGUGGGCAGAGGGGAGACUUCUCAAGGGUCUAAAUCAUAUCCAGACACCACCAGCUCUCCAGGUGACCACUGCUCAUGUUCAGCCUCUACUUUUGUUCAGUUGUUAGGCUUGGAGACCUCAGCAGGUGUCCCACACAACUCCAGUUUUGCCUUACUCUGUCAGCUUACUGCUUGGUGAUCUGU